AUGUGGGUGAUUAUUUCUCACCAGUACGUCGUAAUGUUAACUAGUCCUUCAGAAACGUCGGAGUAUUUGAAAGAAAGGGGUGACAAUAUUUCUAGUAAGUUGAUAAUAAGUGGAAAUCUAGCAGUGGACACUUUUUUCACCAUUAGUGGUCUUCUACUGUCAUACAAUUUUAUGACUUCCAGAUAUGAAAAAAUAUGUUUCAGUUUAUUGGAUCAUUACAUACAUAGAUACACAAGAUUAACAGUACCGUAUGCCUUAACAAUGUUAGUUGUUGCCACAGUGACACUCUAUUUAGCUGAAGGACCUCUGUGGCCCCUUCUUGUAAAGUCGUUUCAAAGUCCAUGCCAAGAAAACUGGUCGUCUUGCCUUUUGUACAUCCAGAAUUAUAUUGACGCUAGCAAGAUUUGCAUCCCUCAGGCUUGGUAUAUAAUGGCAGACAUGCAAUUAUUUGUAACAUCACCCAUGGUACUUUUUGGAUUAUGGAAAUUUACCAAAAUUGCGAUAGUUCUGUUAGGAUCGUGUUGUUUAGUCUCUGCUUUGACUGGUUUUUAUUCGAUUUGGAGAGAUAAUCUGCCGGCAGUAAUCCACAGAACUUAUCUUUUUGACCACGAAAGUUUGCUAAAAGUGAAAAUGUAUUACGAAAAUUAUUACGCGGUACCUCAUACUCGUGCUAGUCCUUGGAUCGUAGGAAUCAUCACAGGCUAUUUAAUCUUCAAAGUGAAACGAGAACGACGUAAUUUAGUAAUUAAGAGGAAAUAUUUAUUUUGUUUUUGGUUGUUAUGUACCGCAGUGUUGGUGGCCUGUGCAUUCGGGUCACCACGAGAUCUACCAGAUCAAGAAUAUAACGUGUUUUGCAAUGCUUUUUAUGCUGCGUUCGCAAGACCUGCCUGGGCUUUUGCUAUUGCAAUGAUUAUUUUGGCGUGUGCCACCAACAAUGCUGGUAAUUAAAAAAUAUUUCUAAUCAAUAAAAUGAUUUAGGUCCGGUAAAGACGAUACUUUCGUCGACAAUUAUUCAAGUACUCAACAAGUUCACUUACAGCAUGUUCCUUAGCCAUGUCACAGUUCUAAGUUUUAAUCUUAAUAGAUAUAU